CCUCUCCUUUCUCCUCUCCUCUCCUUUCCGAGGGGCUCCUUUAUAAAUCAAAUCCGCCGUCCCCGGGUCCUCCUUCCUUAUUGGUCGGGGGGAGUCGUUACCUCACUCCGGGGCCGGUGACGCGGCGUCUUCGCGUAUCCUUCACGCGCGUCUCUCCUCGUGUCUUAGUGAGAGUCUUCAGUCGGUCGGAGAGAGAAACGGGAUCGGUGCCGGACGGACCGGGUGCGCUCGAUACUGAACACGUCCCGUCCCGGAGGAGAGCUCUCUCUCUCUCUCUCUCUCACACACUUUCCCUACAAGUCUCUCUCUCUCUCGCUCUCUCUCACGCGCACACGCCCGCGCGCGCGCACGCUCUGCGCCCGUCUCCACUUGGCUGUGGUAAAUUACGGCAUUGAUCUCAACGAGGAGUGCGGAUCUGUGUCUCGUGUUUUCUCCUUUUCUUCGACGGACCGACUUGGAGGAACGCUCCGGGGAGAGAGAAGUAACUCUGUGAGGACCCCUGGUCAUGUCCGUUUAGCUGCCCUGCGUGAUGCCUGAUCAUGACAGCACCGCCCUCCUAACCAGACAGACCAAGCGCCGACGCGUCGACAUCGGGGUGAAAAGAACUGUGGCCAGUACGUUAUUCAGCCACGCCAGGGAGACCCUGUUCGAAAGCAUGAACCAAUCACACGGCCCGAACCAGGACGGCGACUGCUCGCUGCUCGGUCACGGACACGCCAACGGCGACGGGGAGAAGUCGAACGUUUUGAGGAAGUUGCUGAAGAGGGCCAACUCGUACGAAGACGCCAUUAUGCCUUUCCCCGGGGCGACCAUCAUCUCUCAGCUGCUGAAGAACAACAUGGGGAAGAAUGGGGGGAGUGACUCUGGCUUCCAGGGGAGUGGAGCUCUGUCCAGCGGAGGCUCCGAGAUCCACGCCGAGGACGCCUGCAGCAACUCGUCCCGCGACAGCCCGUCCGACUGCCUCUCUCCCGGGCCUCCUCUGGCCCCUCCGCCUUCCUCCUCCUCCUCCUUCGGGCGACCGCCGCCCCCCUCGAGCCUCAACCCCCACGCCCCCUCUCAGCCCCUCUCCCUCUCCACCUUCGACUUGGACCGGCUGUCGGACGAGCACCUCCGCGCCAAGCGCGCCCGCGUGGAAAACAUCAUCCGAGGCAUGAGUCACUCGCCGCUGGUCCGGCCCAACGGCGACCACAACCCGGAAGGCAACCGCGAAAACGAGAACCGCAGCAACGGCAGCAACGACCACCGGCGAGACGGCAGCGGACGCAACGCCGGCGGCCGCAGCCACAGCCGGAGCGACGGCCCUUCGUCCCUCCUGAGCUCGCCGGGCUCCCGGGGCGGCGUGGGCGGCGUCGGCGAGGUCUACAGGGAGAAUAAGAGGAAGCAGCGCCUGCCACAGCAGCAACACAGCUUCACCCAGCUCGUGUGCUCCCGGCAGGAGCAGCGGCAGGAAGAGAGACGGCAGCUCAAGCUGCAACUGGAGGACAUGCAGAAACAGCUGCGCCAACUGCAGGAGAAGUUCUACCAGAUCUACGACUCGGAGACGGAGGAAGAGGACGACAACGGCGGAGAGGCCGACCGAGGCGGAGAAAGAGAGGAGGACGGCAACUUGUCCGAGGACAGCAUCCGCUCCGACGGCCUGGAGGAGAGGCACCGGGGCCGAGGGCGCCGCGGCAACGACGACCUGUCCGAGCUGGACCCGGGCCUGUUCCUGGACCGGGCCCGGGCCCUCCUCCGAGAACAGGCCCUGAUAGACAGAGAAAUGGAGGAGGAUGUGGACGGCAGGGGGGAGGUGGAGAGGAAUGUCGAGCGGGUGAUGAAGAGGAGAGAAAGAGGGGGAGGAAGGCAGCUGGCGGAGACGCUGAAGCAGGAGCUGAACUGCGCCGUGUCGCAGGUCGUCGACACCGUCGUCAAGGGCUUCUCCUCGCCCAAGCAGGCCGUCGGCCACCACCACGGCUGCCACGGCAGCACGCCGGCGGCGCCCUCCUCUUCCUCCAACUCGUCCUCUUCUGGUCCUCCCCCUUUCGGCCCCCUCACCUCCCUCACCCCGGACUCGCGCUUCGGCGGCGGCGGCGGCGCCCUGACGCUCAGCAUGAACGGCGACGGCAGCCCGACCCCGAACUACCACGCCUCCGGCCAGCGGCUGCACUGCUUCGGCGACGUCAUCGUGCCGAGCCCGCUGGAUUCAUUCGGCGGUCUGAGCGGCCGGCUGAGCGGUUUGCCGACGGCGUGCGACCAAACCGAGGCGCUGCCGCUGGUGGUGCGCAAGAGCGGCGGAGGAGAGAACACUAUCCCCUCUCACCCUCCCCCGCCCCCUCACCACCCCUCCCUCCACCCCUCUCCUCUCACGGCCUCGCUCGGGUUCAGCCCUCCGUCCUUUCGCCACCCAUUCCCUCUCCCCCUCAUGGGUUACCCCUUUCAGAGCCCCCUUUCACACGGCGGUGGAGCCGGCUACCAUCCGGGGCCCAAGGACCAUCAUCGGUCCUCCCCCGAUUCUAUGGACUUGACCCGGGAAGCUGUCAGCCUCAGAACCAAAAUGGCGUCCUUCGGCGGGGGUCAUCUCGGCCACCACCACCACCACCACCACCACAGGCAGAGCUCACCGGGCCAGCACGGGCCGGAGGGUCUGUCCCUGUCCCUCAUCAAGUCUGAGUGCGGGGACCUGCAGGACAUGGCCGACAUGUCGGCUUACUCAGGCAGCACCAUUCAGGAGGGCUUGUCUCCGAACCACCUGAAGAAGGCCAAGCUGAUGUUCUUCUACACCCGCUACCCGUCCUCCAACAUGCUCAAAAUAUUCUUCUCGGACGUCAAGUUCAACCGCUGCAUCACCUCCCAGCUGAUCAAGUGGUUCAGCAACUUCCGGGAGUUCUACUACAUCCAGAUGGAGAAGUUCGCCCGGCAGUGCAUCAACGAGGGCGUGACCGCCACCGACGAGCUGGUGGUGAGCCGCGACGCCGAGCUCUUCAGGGCGCUCAACAUGCACUACAACAAGGCCAACGACUUCGAGGUUCCUGAACGAUUUCUGGAGGUUUCCCAGGUGACUCUCCGCGAGUUCUUCAACGCCAUCGUGGCCGGAAAGGACGCGGACCCGUCCUGGAAGAAGGCCAUCUACAAGGUGAUCUGCAAGCUGGACAGCGAGGUUCCCGACGUCUUCAAAUCCCCCAACUGCCUACAAGAGCUCCUCCACGACUGAGGAAGGAAGGAAGGAAGGAAGGAAGGAAGGAAGGAAGGAAGGAAGGAAGGAAGGAACCCUCCUGGAGGAAGACCGGAAAGGGAACUGGUCUUCAGUCCAGAGACUCGGAGCGGUUCUCCUCAGGAGGCUCCUGGAGAGGUUUGUCGAUGGUUGUUUUUGGUCAGCCCGACUUUUAAAGACAUGUUUUAUAAAGGAAGAAGGACCCAGUGGAGCGAGCAAGAGGCCGCUGAGACUUUUAUGAAUGAAAGCAACAAACAAAGCCGCGAGAAAGGAACCGGAGAAGCUCCUCCGUCUCCUCUCUCUCCUCCUCCACCUCCCUCCUCCUUCCGGUGGGAGGAAGAUGACGGAACUAAAAAUAAAGAUGAUAAUAUAUUACAAACAAAAACAAAAAAAAAAGUCUUUUUAUUGUGGAUGUUUUUAAGUUACACGGACAUUUUUUUUUUUUUUUUGAAGGAAAAAAAAAAAAGGUGAUGUUUCUUGUAUUUUUUCUCCUUUGUAUAAGCUUAGUCUUCUAUGGACCCUCAGUCACUCGCAUAGACACACACACACACACACACACACACACACACACACCUCUUGAAUAGGAAAGCACAGUAGCGUUCCCCCUCACCUGAACCCAGACAAACUGGACACAAAUAAAACUUUGUUGUUGUUUAUUUCCCUUCUUUUGCCCCCUCCUCUUUUUACUCCUCCCCCCUUCAUACUGUACUGAGACUUACUGGGUGUUUGUUUUGACUGUGUGCCCCCCCCCCACACCCCCACACCCCCACCCUGACCCCCUUCCCAUGGCCGCCCCUCUUGGCCCACGUUGCAUUCAGGCACCCAGAGCAUCGAUGACAAAAAAAGAAAAACGUGUAUUCUAUUUUAAUAAAUCCCAUAGAUACUACUCAGUCGAUAUCUGACAGUCUUUUAAAAAUAUAAUUAGUUUUGGAUGCUUCAUUUGACCAUUAUGUUUCUCAUAAUAUAGAAUAUAAAAAUCCCAUUUGCAUCAAUUUGUUUAGUGCAUUGUAACUCUUUGUCAAUAAUACUAUUAAUUCCAGUUCCCUGUGCAUGAUGCAAACACAAUAAUCAUUCACAGUGCAUCUUUUGUCGCCGGUGAACCAAACUUCUUGGUCAACAUGUCUGAUUCGAAGCCUCCGUGGUUAUAAAAGCAGAUUGUUGUCGUUGCUCUGGGGGUCCGGGGGGGGGGGCGGCUGCACCGGCCGGGUCACGUGUGAAGUGUUUAAGGUUUUAACAGCAGAAAAAAAUAAGAAAGGACAAAAUGCUGAUAUUUGUAGCUUGUAUAGAUGUAACAAUUACUCUGAUAUUGUUAUUAUUUAUAAUUGAAAUAAUUAUUCCUAUUAAUGUUAUUCUGAUGAUGGUUAUUAUUAAUGCUUGCUACAGAUUUGACCAGUGGUUUGACUUAUUGUUUAUCCAUCACACUGCAACAUGAAAUAAAUUAUUCUUUG